AUUGAAAAAUCGAAAUGGUCCCUGAAAGAACCCUAAUUUCACCAUUCUGACCCUUUCUCUUCUACUAUUUCCCCUAUCCGAAAUCUCACCUUCUAUCUCUCCCUUUCGGAAAGCAUUGUUAUCUGAAGAAACAGAUAAAGCUUUUCUUUUCUCCUCGGAAAACCAAUUCGUCACCGCCAAAGUCGCCGGAGAAACCCUUCUAUAGGUUAUACGUAUUUGUCUUGCGCUCUCUAGGUGAAGUAAUGAUCUUGCUUGCUAGAUGAUUGCACGUGCAAGGUGGAGAUAAUGGCAUUGGCAACCCAUCAAUUGCAGGGUUCUUAUAGAACAUGUCCUUCGAGUGCAUCUUCUUGGACUACUGGGAACAAAUUGAGACAUUCUGUAACAAAAAUUCCUGUUGGCCAGAAAGAUAAUUUUAUCUCACUGAAGUGCAAAUCCUGUUUGAGAAUAGGAGCUCCUUUCAUCCUUAAACCUAAAGGAAAAUCCUUGAAGAUUUCUGCUUUCAAGAGCAACAGCCAAAAUGAGUCUGGAGGCAGAGCAAGUGGGUCAAAAUCGCUGAAGAGCUCAGUAAAACUUUCGUAUGUGCCACAUGAGAGUGAAGAAACCUCUGUGGAAUCUCCAAGGGCACAGAAUGUUCCCAUUUCUUACUCUGCGGGAGCAGAUGAGACUACAAAUUAUUUUGCCAAAAAUAUAUUUAAGAGCUGGUUAACAUUGUUGCGUACACCUUCACCGAACCAAGUUACAAAUCAAACUGUGGAAGAGCCAUAUACCAUGGAAACUUCAGAAACACAAAAGACGAUACAAGAGAAAGAAAGAGUUCAUGUCUUGAAGGCUGUCUGGUGCUUCUUUCUGAGUUUGGAUGUAACAAUAAAGAUACCUGUAUUGACAUUUGUUCCCCUGUAUCUUGCUGUUACUUUAGUAUAUGGAGCGGAAGUAUCUAAAGAAUUGACCCCUCUGUGGAUUCUUGGACCAUUGAUUGUUGCUUUGUAUGUUAAGAUGCUACGGGGCAUUUGUGCACUCUAUGUAUUCAGCUUCAAGCAGACGGUUAAUGUGGUCAAGAACUUGCCUACGUAUUCCUUAUUAGCUUAUGACUAUAUUGUUCGUGGGAAGCUUAAAGAAUAUAUUAGAAUGCGUUUACUGCAACCAUUCAUAGAUAUAAAGAACUUGGACUACAAAGAGGCAGCAAAAAGAAAGGCAAAGGAUAUAGAAGUGUACUUGGUGGAGAAGUACCUGGACUUUGUUGAAUCGAUAUGGCCAUAUUACUGCAGAACCAUCAGGUUUCUGAAGAGGGCAAAUCUAAUCUAGGUCUAAGACUUAUAAUUUUGCAAAAUAUUCUGUCAACGGAAAAGCACAUUCAAAUGCGGAAUAUUUUUUUGUUUAGUCUUCUCCUUUACUUCUUUUUGUAUAAUUUUUUGUAAGCAGUGUCUUAGGAAUUGUCUGUUGAGAAUCCCCAGUUUGGGCUGGGGUUCUCCUUUGAGAGCAGAAAGACAUUUUUAUGUUAAACUUAGUUGACAUGUGAAGUCAUUUGCAUGCGUUUUUGUUGUGGA